UUCUGACACUCACCCAUGCAGUGCCAGUCAGCAUCUCUGUGUGCUCUCUGCCAAGCUCACGGGGAGUGGCGCUUCCUGGGCUAGAGACAAGCACCAGCCUGCAGUGGGGAGCUCAAGGCCCAGCUGCCUGGAGGAGCAGCCACGGCACCAUGUUCCGCAAGAAAAAGAAGAAACGCCCUGAGAUCUCAGCCCCACAGAACUUCCAGCACCGCGUCCACACCUCCUUUGACCCUAAAGAAGGCAAGUUCGUGGGCCUCCCCCCUCAAUGGCAGAACAUCCUGGACACACUUCGGCGUCCCAAGCCCGUGGUGGACCCUUCGCGCAUUACUCGGGUGCAGCUCCAGCCCAUGAAGACCGUGGUGCGGGGCAGCUCUGUGCCCAUGGAUGGCUACAUCUCAGGGCUGCUCAAUGACAUCCAGAAGUUGUCAGUCAUCAGCUCCAACACCCUGCGUGGGCGCAGCCCCACCAACCGGCGGCGGGCACAGUCCCUGGGGCUGCUGGGGGAGGAGCACUGGGCUGCUGACCCGGACAUGUACCUGCAGAGCCCCCAGUCUGAGCACACUGACCCCCACAGCCUCUACCUCAGCUGCAACGGGGGCACAUCAGCAGGCCACGGGCAGAUGCCAUGGCCAGAACCACAGAGCCCACGGGUCCCACCCAAUGGGCUGGCCACCAAGGCACAGUCCCUGGGCCCCACCGAGUUCCAGGGUGCCACACAGCGCUGCCUGCAGCUGGGUGCCUGCCUGCAGAGCUCCCCACCCAGCACCUCACCCCCUGCAGCCACAGGGAGGCGUGGGACCAAAGCUGCCAGGCAUGGCUCUGAGGAGGCCCGGCCACAGUCCUGCCUUGUGGGCUCAGCUGUGGGCAGGCCGGGCGGGGAGGGCAGCCCCAGCCCUAAGACCCAGGAGAGCAGCCUUAAGCACAGGCUGUUCCGGAGCAUGUUCCUGUCAACUCCUGCCACAGCCCCUCUGAGCUGCAGCAAGCCAGGCCCUCCACCCCAGAGCAAGCCCAACCCCUCAUUCCGACCACCACAGAAAGACUCCCCGACAAACCUGGUGGCCAAGGCCCAGUCCUUGCCCUCAGGCCAGUCCAUGGGCACCUUCAGCCCUCUGACCACCUCAGAUACCAGCAGCCCCCAGAAGUCCCUCCGCACAGCCCCAGCUGCCGGCCCUCCUCCAGGACGGUCUUCCCCUGCUGGCUCCCCCCGCACCCGGCACGCCCAGAUCAGCACCAGCAACCUGUACCUGCCCCAGGACCCCACUGUAGCCAAGGGUGCCCUGGCUGGUGAGGACACAGGCAUCGUGACACAUGAGCAGUUCAAGGCUGCACUCAGGAUGGUGGUGGACCAGGGUGACCCCCGGCUGCUGCUAGACAGCUACGUGAAGAUUGGCGAGGGCUCCACAGGCAUUGUCUGCCUGGCCCGAGAGAAGCACUCGGGCCGCCAGGUGGCCGUCAAGAUGAUGGACCUCAGGAAGCAGCAGCGCAGGGAGCUGCUCUUUAAUGAGGUGGUGAUCAUGCGAGACUACCAGCACCUCAACGUGGUGGAGAUGUACAAGAGCUACCUGGUGGGCGAGGAGCUGUGGGUGCUUAUGGAGUUCCUGCAGGGCGGGGCCCUCACGGACAUCAUCUCCCAAGUCAGGCUGAACGAGGAGCAGAUUGCCACUGUGUGUGAGGCCGUGCUGCAGGCCCUGGCGUAUCUGCACGCCCAGGGUGUCAUACACCGGGACAUCAAGAGUGACUCAAUCCUGCUGACCCUUGAUGGCAGGGUGAAACUGUCAGACUUCGGAUUCUGUGCUCAGAUCAGUAAAGACGUCCCUAAGAGGAAGUCCCUGGUGGGAACUCCCUACUGGAUGGCUCCUGAAGUGAUCUCCAGGUCUCUGUAUGCCACCGAGGUGGAUAUCUGGUCUCUGGGCAUCAUGGUGAUUGAGAUGGUGGACGGGGAGCCACCCUACUUCAGUGACUCGCCAGUGCAAGCCAUGAAGAGGCUCCGGGACAGCUCCCCACCCAAGCUGAAAAAUUCUCACAAGGUUUCCCCAGUGCUGCGAGACUUCCUGGAACGGAUGCUGGUGCGGGACCCCCAGGAGAGAGCCACUGCCCAGGAGCUCCUGGACCAUCCCUUCCUGCUGCAGACUGGGCUCCCUGAGUGCCUGGUGCCCCUGAUCCAGCUCUACCGCAAGCAGACCUCCACCUGCUGAGCCCACCCCAAGUGCACCUGCCACCUGUGCCCAUAGGCAGGGGACACUGGGCAGCCAGCUUGCUGGCAGGGCCUGCUUGCUUCAUUCUCAGUAUUCUCUCCAAAGAUUGAAUGUGA